CUAGGCAGGCGGCGGAGGCACACACACACACACACACACACACACAAAGAAAGGCUCGGUAUGUCGGAUGAAGAUUCUCGUGCCAGCACAAGCUCUUCCUCUUCUUCAUCUUCGACCCAUCAGCAGCAGCAGGAGACAAACCUCCCAAAGAAAAGGGAAAGUAAAGCCAGCAUGAGCAAAACCUCCAAGCUUCUGUCCACCAGUGCUAAAAGAAUUCAGAAGGAACUGGCUGACAUUACGUUGGAUCCUCCACCAAACUGCAGUGCCGGCCCCAAAGGAGACAACAUCUAUGAGUGGAGAUCGACUAUCCUGGGCCCUCCAGGCUCCGUAUACGAGGGCGGCGUGUUCUUCCUGGACAUCGCUUUCACACCAGACUACCCCUUCAAACCGCCCAAGGUGACGUUCCGUACAAGGAUCUACCACUGCAACAUCAACAGUCAGGGGGUGAUCUGCCUGGAUAUCCUCAAGGACAACUGGAGUCCUGCCCUCACCAUCUCCAAGGUCCUACUGUCCAUCUGCUCCCUGCUCACUGACUGCAACCCAGCUGACCCUCUGGUUGGAAGCAUUGCCACACAGUACACAACGAACAGACCUGAACACGACAGGAUAGCCAAACAGUGGACCAAACGCUACGCCACAUAAUCACCCGAGCAGCUGCUGGCUGGAUGGUUGGAUGACCUGGGGAGGGGGAUUUUUUUUUUUUUUAAAUCUUGGAAUUGAAGUCUUAAAUCCUGACAUUAUGUUGUUUAUUGUAUUUUUCUUAAGUUAUCUUUUGGCCUGACUAUAAUCAGAGCACAUUUAGUGUUUUCUCUUUAAAUAGUUAGCCUGUGCUUGAAGAUGGACAUUAAUACUUAACUACUAGAUGAAAUAUGUCACAGCAUGAUUCCCAGUCAAUGAUGUCAGUGUAAAUUUCCACUUGUAUUAAAGUUCCAGUUAGUGUUCGGGGCUCCUGCCAGAACAUUUCUUAGAGCCGGCGGCCAGGGAUUUAACAUUGCACUUAACAGCACCACUCAGCAGCCAUACAGUUUACAGUGGCACAGACUGUGCAGGUGCAGAUCACUACUCCUGUGCAGAAAUUGCUGCUGAAGACAAUAAAGAGAAGCUAACAGGCUUUUACCAGCAGAAGGGCACUGAUUUACAGUUAACUUCAUUCACAUACAGCCCUCCGUCACACAGACUUCAGUAAAGUGAUUCAGAAUUGAACGAGUGAGUCUUACCAUUUGAAGGUUUUCAUACUUAUAGCGCUAAUUCCUCUGCGUAUGAAAGCAGUGACUUUAACAAAAAGUUAUAAACUCUUUGUUAAAAAAAGAUAAAGGGAAUCCCUAUGCUUGGGCCAAGGGGCCGCCGGGCUUGGAGGAAACUCCUGGUAAUAGAGAAAGUUGUUUUUCCACAUGUAGACAUGUUUAGAUUGAUAUUGGUUGUGAUUUGUGUUCUGUACUGAUGAACAGCAGUACCGUUUCUCCCUUUAAGAAUUAAACAUGACCAUGAACUGAA